CAGCUGUGUACGCGCAUGUACGUUCGUUAGGCAAUAUACAUCUUUUGUCAAGUUAGUCCUCUCCAUAUAGACCUCAUUAGUCCGGAAUAAUCGACUCCCGAUUUCCCUUUUGAGCUACGAUCCGAGAGACCCCGCUUCAAGGUCCACGUUGAUCCACUUGAUGUCCUUGCGGGUUUCUUCCCCCGGAUUCAACGGUGCUCCUUAAUGCCCCCUAUUAUUGUACUCGAGAACUUAAUCUGUACCCACCUCUAAUCAAACGUCAACAUGGCCCAAGGCCCAGUCGCUGACUUUGACGUGAGCGGGAAGAUAGUUGCCAUCACUGGCGGAGGUUCUGGAAUUAGCCUCGAACUUGCCAAGUUGGUACUCGCGAAAGGCGCCAAAGUCCUCAUAGCCGACUUGCGGCUCACUCCAGAAGCCGAGUCCCUCGUCGACGGGAAGACCGUGAUUUACCUCAAGACGGAUGUCGCCAAGUGGCCGGAGCUAGAGAAUAUCGUUACCGUUUCUAAGGAUCUGCUCGGUGAUGUUCCUGACGUUUACGUCGCCGGCGCUGCGGUGUUUGAGCCGACCUGGUCGAAUUUCUGGGACGACACAGAGACGGAGUCUUACGGCUCUGUUCAAAUCAACGUCAAUCACCCUCUAAAACUCACGCGGAUCGCAUUACGGGCUCUAAUUUCGCGGAACAAGAAGGGCAUCGUUCUGAUUAUGUGCUCGAUGGCAGGAUACCAGGGGAACUUUGGAGCGACAAUGUACUGCACAACCAAGCAUGCUUUGGUUGGGUUCACACGCUCGGUCGGCCAACUGGAUAGCCACGAAGGCGUCAAGGUGGUUACCAUCUGCCCGGGAAUUGUUGACACACCGCUCUGGAACACUAAGCCAACCCUCAAGAAACAAUUCGGAUACCAUCCCAAACUUGCGAUUUCAGCGCGGGCAGCAGCAGACGCAGGGCUGGAGUUAAUCGAGAGUGGGAACUACAAGGGCGGAACAGUCUACGAGAUCUCGGCGCUUGGAGGGCGGAAAAUCCCAACUUAUUUUAUCACCCCCCCGGGCUAUAACCCGAAGAAUCCGAAGCAGGGGUAUAUGCCCAAGAGAGAUGACACUGGGGCAAAUGAUCCGAUCUGGAAUGUUUUGGCGGCGGAGAGGAACUCAAAGUUAUAGUGUCCUUUCCCUCUGCAAAGAUGUUACUAUUGUCAAUAGCAAAAUUUUGAGCGAGUCGAUUACAUUGUUGUAUGAAUAUUACAACAAACUACCAAUUCAGUUCUACACCGC